AGAAAGCAUACACAUACAACGUAGAAGAAAGCAAAAGAAACUGCUGCCCAAUAUAUGUCUGUCGGACUUUCACUUAGCUCUUUCAGCCCACACAAUAACGCUGUUUCUUCAUAUCUACGUACCCACCGGCACACGAAGACGCAAACGCGCCCACCGCCAUGUCGUACGCCUCCUCGGCCAUCAAGCGGCUAAGCAACGAGUACCGCCAGCUGCAGAAGCCUGAAAACCGCGUCAGUGACUACUACGUGGCCCCGCUGGAGGAGAACAUCUUCGAAUGGCACUUCACCCUGCGCGGACCGGCGGGCGACGACAACUCCCUCCCCUACAAGGACGGUCUGUACCACGGCGCGCUCAUCUUCUCCCGCUCCUACCCGCUCGAGCCGCCUGACGUCAUGUUCUUCACCCGCAGCGGUCGCUUCGCCACCUACGAGAAAAUAUGCUCUACCAUCAGCAGCUACCACAAAGAGCUGUGGCAGCCGACCUACGACGUGGCGCUCACGUUGACCGCGCUGCGGCACUUCAUGGCGCAGGAGGACGAGUUCGGCGUGGGGGCCUUUCCGAAAAACAUGAUCCCCGCGGAGUCGAAAGCGGCGUGGGCGAAGGAGACGUGGUCGUUCAAGUGUGACACGUGUGGCCGAGCCACGCGGGAUGACUGGACGACGUUCAUGCAGAUGUACCCGGAGACGUCGGCGGAGAAGGAGGCGCUGGUGCCGAAGCUGCUGCCGCUCCCUCCAGCGGCGGCGGCCUCGUCGGAAGCGGAGAAGGAAGAAGAAGCUCCAGCUGCAGCAACGACGGAUACAUGCACUGCAACGCAGAACGGCAGGGGGGAAGAGGCGGGUUCAAAGACUCCACCUGCGGCCGCCCCCGCGGAACUUGAGUCGCAGCGGACUCCAAAGGACGCGGGUUCCACCCCACCACUGCCGACUCCAUCUCCCCACACAGCAGCUGCAGCGUGUGCUGCCUCUGCAAUGGCAGAAUUACCUUCAUCAGCGCGGGAAGUCGUCUCGGCGUCGCCGCCAGCAGCACCAACAGAACCACACAGUGAUGUCCUCGCCACGGAUGUCCCCGACGGCUCCGCAGCUCGCACAGAUGACACCACCGCGCACGCGUGGCACCACCCCGAACUGGCCGACGACCUCGACGACCUCGACGGCGACGGCAUCCCUCGUUGGCGGUUGCUCGCCUCGCCUCUCAUGCUAAGUGAGGAAGAGGCGCGACAGCUGGAUAUGGUGGAGGCCGGCGUGGACAUGCUUGAUGUGCACUUCGGGCCCAUACUGCGUGCGGCAUUACGCCGUGAGGCGGAGGAACGGGCGGCCGUCGCUGCUGCUGCUAACGCUGCUCAACACGAAACUGACGACGACGACAACGACGACUUUCUGCGGCCACCGCCACGGCUGCCACAAGAUCCAACGUCGGCACGCCCCGAAAUGGAGGACGUCCGUGUGGAAGGAGGAUCCGCGCUGGAGCUGAACAUCCAGGAAGACGACACCGCUGCGCCGCCACAGCAACUUCCGCCACCUCAGCUCGCGGAGAAUGCGGUGUUUGGCAUACACACCCUUCACCUUUCCAUUCCCCUGCGGUACCUGGACCGUGCCAUUAUCUGGAGCUUUAGCCUUGUUGUGCUCAUCUUGUUGCGGCGUGCGGCGUGGGCGAUGCUGCCCCCUCUCUGGAGUAGCUCUUGA